AUGGUUCAACUCGCCCACAUUUUCAAAAAGGAUAAGGACAAGGAGAAAGACAAAGUCGAUAAGACUAAACCAACUUUGAACGAAUCUUCCUCCCCUCGAACUUCCUUCUCCACUUCUCGCAAGCCUUCUACACUCUCUCCCUCCAAAUCUCCCUCAAAGUCUCCCUCGAAGUCUUCUUCCAAGUCCCCCACCAAGAACCGUUUUUCUCACAGUCGCACCUCGUCCCAUUCUAAUCCCAUCUCUCCUAAUUUUAAAUUUGGUGCUCGGUCUACAAAAGACCAGGACCUCCAUCCCCUCAAUCUCCCUCCUGACGAGCUUCGUCGUCGAUUAUCAGCCAUGGCGGCUUCUCGCGAUGAGAAUUCUAUGGACAUUGAUCUCCAAGAGCCCGUGAAGAAUACCGAGGAGCGUAGCCCGACUCCCCCUCCUCACCGCUCCAACUCUACAUCGGACGAGGCGGACUCUUUCAAGUUGGCUGGUAAUAAGUUUUUCAAAGAUGGCAACUAUGCUCGUGCCAUUGAAGAGUACAACAAAGCGAUCGAGAUCAACCCCAACUCGUCGGCUUACUUGUCCAACCGCGCCGCGGCCCACAUGUCUGCUAAACAAUACCUGAACGCCCUCGAGGACAUCGAGCGUGCUCACGAACUUGACCCUACCAAUGCGAAGAUCAGUCACCGAUGGGCUAAGAUCUUGACAAGCCUGGGUCGCCCGACAGAGGCUCUGAACGUGUUGUCGCGUGUUCAACCUCCCGCUACUGCCACCGACCGCGCCCCCGCUGAAAAGAUGCAAAAGUACAUCACACAGGCUGAGGAGACACUUGCCGAGAAUCGCGGUGGCUCGAUGGCCAUUUUCUGCAUUGAUCAAGCUCGCCAAGGGCUCGGACAGGGUGUUAAGGAGCCCCGCAAGUGGACAUUGAUAAGCGCUGAGGCUCAGCUCAAGAUGAAUAACAGUAACUCGCUGGGCAAGGCCCAGGAUAUCGCAAUCAACCUCCUGCGUGAGAACAGCCAAGACCCGGAUGCCUUGAUGAUUCGCGCGCGGGCUUUCUACGCUUCCGGUGAGACUGACCAGGCCGCCAAGCUGCUGAAGAUGUGCCUUGGGCUGGACCCGGACAUGAAGCAGGCCGUUAAGUUGCUGCGCAUUGUUCAGAAACUCAGCCGGACCAAGGAGGAAGGAAACGCCGCCUUCAAGGCCGGAGACUAUCGCCGUGCCAUCGAGCUUUACGCCCAGGCUCUCGAAGUUGACCCGACCAACAAGGACAUGAACGCUAAGAUACUGCAGAACCGGGCUCAAGCCUACACCAACCUGAAGGAGUACGACGCUGCCGUAAAGGACUGCACUGAAGCUUUGCGCCUGGAUCCCGCAUAUAUCAAGGCCAUGAAAGUUCGUGCCAAGGCUUACGCUGGUGCCGAGAACUGGGAGGAGGCUAUUCGUGACUACAAGAGUGUCGCUGAGAACAACCCCAGCGAGCGUGGCAUCGCCGACGACAUCCGCCGUGCUGAGUUUGAGCUCAAGAAGUCUCAACGCAAGGACUACUAUAAGAUCCUUGGGGUUAGCAAGGAUGCCAACGAAACAGAGAUUAAAAAGGCGUACCGCAAAAUGGCCAUCCAAUACCACCCUGACAAGAACCCUGAUCAGGAAGACGCCGAGGAGAAAUUCAAGGAGAUUGGCGAGGCAUACGAAACCCUAAGUGACUCUCAGAAGCGCGCUGCCUACGAUAACGGAGACGACCUUAUUGAUCCCAACGACAUGUUCGGUGGCGGUGGUAUGGGAGGAAUGGGCGGCAUGGGAGGCAUGAACAUGAACGGCUCCCACAUCAACAUUGACCCCAACAUCCUCUUUAACAUGAUGAACGGCGGCGGCGGCGGUGGCUUUGGCGGCGGCCACUCUUUUGGAGGUGGCCAGUCCCGCGGCGGCCAAGGCUUCCCCGGUGGCUUCCCCUUCUAA